AAUAAAUUUCAAAAUAAAGACUGUCACGAGAAAAAUGCCCAAUUGGCCAAGUUAACGGAGCGUGACUGACCGUUUGUGAAGACACUAUAAUUAUCUGCCUCUUGAUUUCACACCUUGUUACCUCUCAGCAGUGCCCUUUGACAUUUUGUCACAAAUUGUGCUGUCUAGUAGAAUAAGGGCACUCUACCUCAGUUUAUAUAUGUAUUCUAAACUUAAUAAUUGAUAUUACUUUGCAACAUUCACCUCAACACAUCAUUCAUAGACAAAUAUCUAUCGCCCUUGCCACUUCUGGAAAUACGUUCCCACGAAAAAGUGCAUGUAUACAGGUGUGAGGUGUCUCUCUUCAUCAUCGCAACUGCUCAACUCAAGCGAAUCAAAGGUCAUUUUUUCUUUGUUGUGAUUUCACCCUUGGCGAGGGUUUGACAAUACUGGAAACAUCCUGUUGAAUCGAAGAACUCGCCUCACAACUCAUAGUCAGAGCCUGUGUGAAUCUUCACAUUGUUCAACCAGGGUGGGAGAAUCGCUCACAAAAGAAAGUAUAACGUAGGCAAAUACGUCAGAAGCGUUACGCGGCGUAUUCUUUGUCUGUGACUUUAUAUGCCUACUCAGACGUUAGUAAAUGUUGCCAGUGGCUGUUUUUUACGCUGUCCCAUUUUGUUGUGACUCGGAGUUACUGUCACCUUUUUGUCAGCUUGCGUGAAGGCCAUUUUGCUGUGCACGUUUGUCACAGUGUCUAACUACUAGUUUGUGCUCAGAAACGCGGGAUACACGUCAAGGAAAGCCGAGACCAGGCCAGGACACACCCGUGGAAUCCAACAUGGCGGCGGCUGACACUGGCUUCAGACAACAAGUACGGGAGGAGUUUCUUUCCUGUCAGAUUUGCUUCGAGACGUUUCGCCAGCCGAAGAUACUUCCCUGUGUGCACACUUUCUGUGAGAGAUGUCUCCUGAAGCAUGCCGGGAGGCGCCAGAGUUUCAACUGCCCGACUUGCAGACGAGAAAUCACACUGCCACAAAAUGGCGUCGCAGGUCUCGAAGACAACCAUUUCAUCGCAAGCCUUACAGAAACCUUCCAGGCGACAGUGGAACGUGGGCCCGACACUGAGGCCCCGGUGGAUCGGUGUUUGGUGCACUCUGACCAGCUGCUGAAUCUGUUCUGUGGCCGGUGUGAGGUUAUGGUGUGUGGUGAAUGUGUGAACGAAGAACAUGACGGCCAUGUAGUUACAGGACUGCGAGGAGCAACAACAAUGAGACGUAAGAACAUCUGUACAUUGCUUCAGAACGGACGAGAGCAGACGGAAACGCUCUGCGACCUUCUCCGCCGAGUCAACUAUGCAGAAGGGGAACUCAUCAACAGCCGCAGAAAGGCCAAGAGCGACAUACACGAAAACGAGCGGGAAAAUGGUGGACACGACCCCAACUUGUCGUCUGCAGAAGGCGAACUCGACGUUAAGUUCAGCCAAAGAAUGGAAGGGCUGCAAGUGACAAGAGGGCGGCUACUUCAGCACCUUGCCGAGUUAGCCACCGCAUGCGAACGCGCUGGAAACGUUGUAGCUGAAGAUAAUUACGACAUUCUCUGUGAAGAAGAGGACAAGCUGUCUGAGAUUGUCUCCAAGACGAGAAGGUUUGGGGUCCCAGAACUUUGUCUGUUCUAUUUCAUUUCCAACCAUGCAGAGGAGGACGGUGGUGAAAACAUCGGGGAAGUCAUCAUGCCGCUUGCUGGUCCGGCGUACGCUCCUCCCUCACCAGGUGUCAGUAGGAGCCCAUGGCACACGCCCCCCUCCCCACAUCUGAACAGAAGCCCUCGCCUCUCCCGAAGGCAGACCCGUCCCCAGCAAAAUGUCGAAGUCGGCGGCCCCGGAGUCGAGCCCGGUCGCUUUGCCGGACCUGCCAGCGUCAUCAUUUCUGACAGUCUCGGCUUCGUAGUCGACAGGGGAAACAAAAGAAUACAAGUCUUCAAUAUGGAGGGGGACUUCGUAUCGGAGUUUUCAACAAGGACAGCAGGAGACCGGAGAAGCAGUAUCCCGAAUGGAAUAGCCGCGGAUUCGGAGAGCCAGCUUUGGGUGACGAACUCGUCCGGGGACGUUACCGUGUAUGACACAAGAGGUAGUCACAUCAAGACAGUCAAGACGAACGGGGAGCCAUGGGGCAUCGCGUAUGACAACAGAAACGACCGUGUGAUCAUCACGGACGUCCGCCAACACUGCGUCAUCAUUCUCCGCACAGACGGCUCGCCAUUGGCCACGCUGGGGACUGUGGGUAGGGACGACUACCAGUUCGACACGCCGUCCUACGUAGCUGUCAAUCUUCUUGGUGACAUCAUAGUGUCGGAUUGUCGGAACCACUGCGUCAAGGUCUUCGAUGAAAGCGGGCGCUUCAUGUUUAGGUUUGGCGGGAAAGGUUCCGAAGAUGGCCGCCUGAGCUACCCCCGUGGAGUUUGCGCAGACGAGUUCGGCAACAUCAUUGUGGCCGACUACGGAAACGACCGAGUGGAACUCUUCGACAGUAACGGGAAAUUUCUGAAGCACGUCGCCAGUAUUGAGUGGCCGGCGGCGGUUGCUCUAGGGGUCCAGGGCCAGCUACUGGUAACCAACGACUGUAAGCAUAAAAUGACAAUCUUCAGCCAUUACCAGAGAGUGUCGACAAGUGACAGUCUCAGUCUGUGCUGUAGCAUUCGCUCACUGUAUGAUGGGAGAUUAUGA